GAAAUGACUUGACGCGAAAACACAGUUGUCAUUCCGGCUACAAUUUUGAGUGAUUUCGCUUUCUGCAAAUUAUAGAUUCUUUUUUUUUAAUAUAUCCCACAUAAUUAAAUAUUAAAUAAAAAUGGAAACUAUUUUGGGUAUACGUGGUCCUGAUUUUGUUAUGGUUGCUGCAGAUACUACACAGGCGCGAUCUAUUAUUGUAAUGAAGGAAGAUGAAAACAAAAUAACCAAGAUUGCAGACAAUUUAAUGUUUGCCACUAUUGGUGAGUCUGGCGAUACAGUACAAUUUACCGAGUUUAUUGCAAAAAAUAUAGCGCUGUACAAAAUGCGCAAUGGCUAUGAUUUAAGUCCUAAAUGUGCAGCUCACUUUACACGCAAAAAUUUGGCCGAUUAUCUGAGAUCCCGCACUCCUUACCAAGUUAAUAUGUUUGUGGCGGGAUAUGAUCCCGUAGAAGGACCUGAAUUGCAUUAUAUUGAUUAUUUGGCAAAUGCCAAGUCAAUGAAAUACGGCGGCCAAGGUUAUGGUGGCAUGUUUUGCGCCAGUAUCUUCGAUAGAUACCACCACGAAAAUAUUACCCAGGAAGAAGCCUAUGAUGUGCUAAAAAAAUGCGUGGUGGAAAUACAAAAACGUCUGGUUAUCAAUCUGUCAAAGUUUAACGUAGCUGUAGUCGAUAAGGAUGGCAUUAAGGAUUUGCCUCAGAUCACCUCACAAAACCUGAUUGGUUAUAAAGCUUAGUUUAUUAUUGGGCAUUGGAAAUGCUUGUUUAUGAUUUAGAACAUGUGGUAAAAAAUCUUUUUGUAUAAAUUUGCGCAAACAUGAAUAAAAAAAUACAGACAUACAUAAAUACUUA